CCCUCCUUAUCGCCCCCGUGGUCGGCUCCUGCGUUGCCCUCCUCCAGCGUUCAUCGCAGCGAACGUCAAGCCUAACCCUCACCCUUGAGCGCUCUCUGACGGUUAUCCAACCCACCAACUCAGUGGCACAACGGACAAGAGCCUCUGCUACCCCUACCGAUCAUGAAGCCAGGGACCCCCGCUAAGGCGCCCACCAACCAGGCCGCAAUCGCGAGCGCUGACGAGGCGCUCCUCGCUGAGCUUGGGUACAAGCAGGAGUUCAAGCGCGCUUUCAGACCGAUAGAGGUAUUCGGCGUAUCCCUCUCCAUCAUCGGCCUCCUACCAUCCAUCGCCUCUGUACUAUUCUACGCGCUCCCGAAUGGCGGUGGUCCCGGGAUGGUGUGGGGCUGGUUUGCCGCCUCCAUCCUCAUCCUAUCGGUGGCGGCCGCGAUGGGUGAGCUGGCGAGUGCGGCGCCGACGAGUGGUGGUCUAUACUUCUGGACGUACUCGCUGUCUUCGCCGCGAUGGAGGACAUUGUUGUGUUGGAUCGUGGGAUACGCAAACACGAUUGGCUCAGUGGCCGCCGUCGCGAGCAUCGACUGGGGGUGCGCGGUGCAGGUGAUGGCGGCAGCGGGGAUUGGAUCCGGUACCAAUGAAUCUGGAGAGCCUGACUUCAUGCCGACGAAUGCGGAGAUGUUCGCCACCUACGCGCUCCUCCUUGUCACGCACGCGCUGUUGUGCUCGAUUGGGACGCAAGCGAUCGCGCGAUUACAGAGCUUUUACGUGGGGGUGAACGGACUUCUAUGCCUCGCUCUCCUCAUCGCCCUACCUAUAUGUACGCCAGCCGACAAGCGCAACAGUGCCUCGUUUGCGCUUGGAAGUGAGGGAUGGGUGAACCUGAACGGCUGGCCAUCCGGCUUCGCCUUCAUUAUGAGCUUCCUCGCGCCACUUUGGACGAUUUGCUCCUUCGACUCCGCCGUGCACAUCUCCGAGGAGGCUACGAACGCCGCGCGCGCCGUACCCAUGGCAAUCGUAGGCGCAUGUGCGGUUGGUGGGGUAGUUGGGUUCGCCAUCAACAUCGCCCUCGCGUUCUGCAUGGGCACGGAUAUCGAGGCGCUGUAUGAUGCGGAGCAGCCAUUGGCCGCCAUCCUCCUUCCUGCGUUUGGGCAGAAGGGCACGCUCGCUUUUUGGGCGUUCGUGGUUGCGGUGCAGUAUAUGAUGGGGUCGAGUAUGCUCCUCGCCGCAAGUCGGCAGACUUUCGCGUUCAGCCGCGAUGGAGCCCUCCCCUUCUCCAAUUGGCUCUACCGGAUGAAUGACUUUACGGGGACGCCGGUCAAUACGGUCUGGUUCGUCGCGUUCCUCUCCCUCCUGCUCGGCCUUCUCGCCUUCGCCGGCGACCAGGCUAUCAACGCGGUGUUCUCGUUGAGUGUCAUCGCGCUAUAUAUCGCCUAUACAAUCCCCAUCGUCGCGCGCUUCACGGGCGACAACGACUUCAAGCCGGGCCCGUUCUCGUUGGGAAGAUGGUCCUUCCCCAUCUCCUUCCUUGCCGUUGCCUUUAUGACCCUCAUGUCUGUCGUCUUCCUGUUCCCCGCCACGCCGAACCCCGCCGUCCCGGACAUGAACUACUCGGUAGUUGUUCUGGGCGGCGUGCUCGGCGCGUCGGUGGUGUAUUUCUAUGUCCCUAGGUAUGGCGGGAGGCAUUGGUUUACGGGGCCGGUGAGUACGGUGGACGGCCCUGUAGGUACGGUGGACGGCUCCAUGAGCGCUGUGGAGGUGGGUGUGCGAGGAGGGAGAGGUGGGACGACGGUCGAAGGAGAGUCAGAGGAAAGUCGGAAAAGCUCGCGAGAUGACGAUUCGAAGACAUCAGAGGAUCGGAAGGGUGGCGAUGUCGAUGUGCAAGUGUUGGAGAUAUAGACACAAGAUUAGACCGAAGUGUGGUGAUUAUAAAACUAGAGAAGCUUCGGCGAGGCCGGCUUCCAACCUUGCUUGCGAA